AUGGUGUCAGUGAUGGAGGGAGAUUCUGUUACUUUAAACACUGAUGUAACAGAAAUUAAUGAAAAUGGCCACAUACUGUGGAAAUUUGGAGCCGGAAACUCUUUGGUCGCUAAAAUCAAAAGAAACAAACAAAACUCUACAUUUGAUCUUCCUGAUGAGAGAUUCAGAGACAGACUAAAGCUGAACAAACAGACUGGAUCUCUGACCAUCACAAACAUCACAACUCAACACGCUGGACAUUAUAAACUAGAGAUAAGUGGAGCAAAACUGCUAUCAAAAACAUUCAAUAUUUUUGUUUAUGGUGUGUUUGGUGAUACAGAUGUAAUGAAGUCAGUAUCAGUGCUGGAGGGAGAUUCUGUCACUCUAAACACUGAUGUUAAAAUGCAGAGAGAUGAUCAGAUGCUGUGGAUGUUUGGCCCUCAAGAGAGGCGAAUAGCUGAAAUCCACAGACAGAACAUCUAUAUAGAUGCCACUAAUACAAUAUUUGAGAAAAGACUCCAGAUGGACAAUGAAACUGGAUCUCUGACCAUCAGAAACAUCAGAACUGAACACACUGGACUUUAUAAACUACUGAUCCUCAGCAACAGAGGAAACUCAUACAAGAGAUCCAGUGUUACUGUCUAUGCUGCUCUUCCUUUUCCUGUCAUCACCAGAGACUCUUCAAAAUGUUCUUCAUCAUCAGGAUCAUCAUCAUCAUCAGGAUCAUCAGGUCAGAAUUGUUCACUUCUGUGUUCAGCUGUGAAUGUGAGUCAUGUGACUCUCUCCUGGUACAAAGGAAACAGUUUAUUGUCCAGCAUCAGUGUGUCUGAUCUCAGCAUCAGUCUCUCUCUACCUCUGGAGGUGGAAUAUCAGGAUAAAAACAGCUACAGCUGUGUGCUCAACAAUCCCAUCAGCAACCAGACUCAACACAACAUCAACAUCACUCAACUCUGUCAACCAUGUUUAGCACUGGACUCAAAUUCUCCUUCAUAUCAAGACUCACCUCUAAUAGCGCUGAUCUCUGCAGCUGCUGGAUCUCUGUUGAUUGUAGUUGUAAUUGGGAUCUUCUGCAUCUACAGGAAAUGUAGAAGACCCGAUCAAGAAGGCAAGUGUUACUGGUUUUAA